AUGAGGCUUUCAGGUCUUUUGUAUAAUCGUACAAAGUAUUCCCCUGAGCAAUGGGGUCCAUAUGACAAUUGUCUGCUUGAAAAGCAUUGGGCUAUUGGCUCUUUGGCGCUGGAUUAUAAUUCCCACAGCAUCAUAAUGCAUGGACCCAAGUACGGCACAAUGACGCAAUGGAAGGGAAUUGAAGCGCAUAGAUGGACACCAAUUGGCUUUCCAAGGGCUAUUCUUAUUCUUGAAACGCAGGCAUAUCUUCUUACAUUUCUCCGAUCCGUGGUUGAGCAAAUUGUGUGCUCUUCGAACGCUUCUCUUGUGAAGAAUCAGACAACGAUGCUCGACGAGGCUUUUCAGCAAGGCUUGAAGAGGUCAAGUGGAACAUUUGGAUAUACCUUAGAACUGGCUUCUCCUUAUUUAAACCAACCUUUUUCGUCACCGCCUUCAUUUGAUAUCGAUACGCUAUUAGAUAUCGCCAAGACAAGGCAGGCAUUACAAGGGGACCACCUCUGGCUUGUCCAAACCGACCCUCUUAUUCAGUCAUCUUCUGGUCGUAGUGAGAUAUUUGACGAGAUACCAAAGCUGAAGGGACUUCUGACUCCUUUACAUGAGAUCCUUGAUUCAAGAAGACCUUUGUGGAAAGUUUACGAUGAAUUGCUUGGAGCACUUGAAGCGCUCUUGUUGGACCAGCUUCAACGUCGUCUGCAGUAUCUCGGAAGCAUAUUACCUAUGCGCCUUCGUGAUACAUUCAGAUUCAGCACUUUUCAACGGCUAGAGUCUAUGGCAUUUUACCACACUCGUAGAGAUCUGAAGUUAUUUCCCGAUUUUGCCAAAGAUAUGAAGGAGCUUGCCAGAAUGGACGAGAUAAUGUAUGCCGCGUUCUUUGAUAUGGCUGCAAUAAAUCAGAUGCUCGAGAUGGUUCGGUUUUAUCGUCCUCGAGGUGUCAGGCGGGAAAUUGAUGAGAUUACGAAGGAUCAGUACCAAGCAACUCGCCUCGAUACAAGAACAUGGGAGCCCAGUGGAACUAUUCCGAUGAGAGAAGAUGGGGAUCGGAAAAUCGAGGCUGAAAAACUGCUGGUAAAAUUCACCAAGGAAUUCAUUGACACACCCGAGCCAAGCGGAACGCGUCUCAGCCAGCAAUGGCUCGAUACGGACAAGCAACAACGAGUAGCACUUGGUAGGAUGUGGGCUCAGAUUCGGGCUCGUCACGAGCAAACACUUCGCCGCUUAGGGUUUGAGCAAGAGGACGUAGAUUGUGAUCUGGCAACUCUCUCUGCUGACAGUACCCCUGACCAUAUCGCGUCAAUUGAUAUACGAAAUAGCGAGAUCCUUGCAGAGAUAGUUGCCAGAAAAGCAAAAAAAGACUGCAUCACUAGAACAAGUAGUGUCUGCUCGAAAGUCAAGACCAGGAAGCUCAACAUCGCAGAUACGGAUGAAGAGCUACCUUUUAAGAUAUCUGUCGAUUCAGACUCGAUUGUAAGUCCACCUCUCGAAGUCCCAUCCACAAAAGUGUCUGUCAGUAAGAACUCGUACGCCAUAUUCCAAACCAUGUUCCCAACCCGAAAUUUCGAGAAGCGCACCAAGACAGUACCCUGGGAUUCCUUCGUUAACGCCAUGGUCGAUGCUGGAUUUGUAGCGAGUCAAAGUGCAGGAGGAUCAGCCCUUCAAUUCGAGCCUGAUGCCAUUUCGCCUUGGUUUGGAUAG